AUGACGCGCCGCCCCGUGUGCGUGCAUCCGCGCGCGUCGCUCAAGGCGGCGGCGAAGCUGAUGGCGGCGUGCGCGGUCAGCGGAGUUCCCGUGGUGGAGCCAUACGACGACGACGAGGGCGCGGGCGCGGACGGCGCGGGGCGCCUCGUGGGCGUGCUGUCGCAGCGCGACGUGCUGUGGAAAGAGACUGUGCCGACCUCAGAAUUCCGCAUCUCCCCGUCUCCCCCUCUCUCCCCGCUUGGCCCCCUCCUACGACUCGCGGACGAUCUGAUGGGCGAGCCGUACGAGGGCCCCAUGAGCCCGUCGCUGCGCGCGCAGCUGGGCAAGAUCCGCAGCCGCACCGUGGCGCACGCCAUGACUGCUCCCGCGCUCUGCGUGGAGGCCGGCGCGCUGCUGUCAGACGCCGCCACCAUCAUGAUCAACCGCAAUCUCCAGUCCAGGAAUUUCCUACUUUCAUCUCCAACUUACGCUCAUCCGCACGUUGUCCCUCUCUUCUCCUACCCCUAUGCUGUGCUGCAGGUGGCUCGACUGCCCGUAGUAGCUCCCAGGGAGGCAGGCAAGCCGGGAAUGACAGUGGUGGGGAUUCUCACAGUAGCCGACAUUCUCCACCACACUCUGCUCUCGCUCUGA